AUGAGUGUGCGCUGUAGCUUUAUUCGUUCGGCGACAAUGGCGGCAGACCUUGAUCAGUUUCAACAGCUUUUAAACACACUCCUUAGUACGGAUAAUGAUGCCAGGACGCAAGCAGAGGAGGCAUACAACAAUCUCCCAGUGGAUAGCAAGGUGACAUUUCUUUUAACAUCAUUGUGCAAUGCAGCCCUUACAGAAGAAAUGCGUGCUAUGUCUGCCGUUUUGUUACGUCGUCUCUUUUCUUCUGAGUUUAUGGAUUUCUAUCCUAAAAUUCCACCAGAAGCACAAGCUCAAUUAAAAGAACAAAUUUUACUAUCUGUUCAAAAUGAACAGACAGAAACUAUUCGACGUAAAGUUUGUGAAGUCGCAGCUGAAGUUGCACGAAAUUUAAUUGACGAAGAUGGUAAUAAUCAGUGGCCAGAAUUUCUGCAGUUCCUAUUCCAGUGUGCAAAUAGUCCUGUACCGGCAUUGAAAGAAAAUGCUCUUCGAAUGUUCACGUCAGAUUUCAAGCAGUAAGAGCAAUCGGAGCCUUUAUCAUUUUGCAUGAUAAGGAAGAAAAUAUACAAAAACAUUUCUCGGAGCUACUACCAGCAAUUAUACAAGUAAUUGCUCAAUCAGUAGAAAAACAAGGAGAUGAUGCUCUUUUAAAAGUUCUAAUCGAUUUAGCAGAAUCUACACCGAAAUUUUUGAGAUUACAAUUAGAAACUAUAAUGGAAAUGUGUAUGAAAAUAUUUUCAAAUGAAGAUAUGGCUGAUUCGUGGAGACAAUUAGCACUGGAAGUAUUAGUUACACUAGCAGAAACUGCUCCUGCAAUGGUACGUAAAGUUGGUGGAAAAUAUAUUGCAUCUCUAGUACCAUUGGUGCUAAAAAUGAUGACAGAUAUAGAAGAGGACGAAAAAUGGAGUUUUUCCGAUGAAAUUGUUGACGAUGAUAAUGACAGUAAUAAUGUUGUUGCUGAAAGUGCUUUAGACAGAUUAGCAUGUGGUUUAGGUGGUAAAACUAUGUUACCACAAAUUGUACAGAAUAUUGCAUCAAUGUUACAUAACAGUGACUGGAAAUACAGACAUGCUGCUCUUAUGGCAAUAUCAGCUGUUGGUGAAGGUUGCCAUAAACAAAUGGAAGCAAUAUUACCUCAAAUCAUGGAUGGAGUUAUACAAUUUUUACAAGAUCCUCAUCCUCGUGUAAGAUACGCAGCUUGUAACGCAGUAGGUCAAAUGUCAACUGAUUUUGCACCUAUAUUUGAAAAAAAAUUCCAUGAUAAAGUUAUUCCUGGAUUAUUAAUGGUUUUGGAUGAUAAUGCAAAUCCAAGAGUACAAGCUCAUGCCGGUGCAGCUCUCGUAAACUUCAGUGAAGAUUGCCCAAAAAAUAUAUUAACACCAUAUUUAGAUGCUAUUAUGGCUAAAUUGGAAUCGAUUCUUACUGCUAAAUUUCAAGAACUGGUUGAGAAAGGCACCAAACUUGUCCUUGAACAAGUAGUUACAACUAUUGCAUCUGUUGCUGAUACAUGUGAAGAACAGUUUGUAACAUACUACGACAGGUUAAUGCCAUGUCUAAAGUACAUUAUUCAAAAUGCUAAUCAGCAAGAACAUAAAAUGUUACGUGGUAAAACCAUUGAAUGUGUAAGUCUUAUAGGACUUGCAGUAGGACCUGAAAAGUUUAUUGCAGAUGCAAGUGAAGUUAUGGAUAUGUUACUAAAAACUCAUUCAGAAGGAGAUCUUCCAGAUGAUGAUCCACAAACUAGUUACUUAAUAUCUGCGUGGGCUCGAAUUUGCAAAAUUCUUGGUAAACAAUUUGAACAAUAUUUACCAUUGGUAAUGGGUCCAGUCUUACGUACAGCAGCUAUGAAACCUGAAGUGGCUGUACUAGAUAACGAAGACAUGGAAGGUAUAGAAGAUGUUGAUUGGGAAUUUAUCUCCCUUGGUGAACAACAAAAUUUCGGAAUAAAAACUGCUGGCUUAGAAGACAAAGCCUCUGCCUGUGAAAUGCUAGUUUGCUAUGCACGUGAAUUGAAAGAAGGUUUUGCAGAUUAUGCAGAAGAAGUAGUACGGCUAAUGGUUCCUAUGUUGAAAUUUUAUUUUCAUGAUGGCGUUCGAACAGCAGCUGCUGCAAGUUUACCAUAUCUUCUUGAUUGUGCAAAAAUAAAAGGUCCACAAUACCUUGAAGGAAUGUGGGCUUAUAUUUGUCCUGAUCUCUUAAAAGCAAUUGAUACGGAACCUGAAUCUGAAGUUCUGCUGGAGUUAUUAUAUUCAUUAGCUAAAUGUAUUGAAACUCUUGGUGCCGGUUGUUUGGGAGCACAACCUAUGGCUGAAUUAUUACGUAUAUUAGAUAAAUUGCUUAAUAAACAUUUUGAAAGAGCAGUGGCUAGAUUAGAAAAACGUAAAGAUGAAGAUUAUGAUGAGGUUGUUGAAGAGCAACUUGCUGAUGAAGAUAAUGAAGAUGUAUAUACCCUAAGCAAAAUAGCAGACAUUUUACAUGCUUUGUUUACUACUCACAAAUCUUCGUUCUUCCCUUAUUUUGAUCAAAUCUGUGGUCAUUUUGUUAAACUUUUAAGUCCUGAAAGAUCUUGGUCAGAUCAUCAAUGGGCUUUGUGUGUUUUCGAUGAUGUAAUAGAAUUUGGUGGACCGGAAUGUGCAAAAUAUCAAGAAUACUUUUUACGGCCGAUGAUACAAUACGUAUCAGAUAAAUCAGCAGAAGUAAGACAAGCAGCAGCUUAUGGUUGUGGCGUUUUAGGACAGUAUGGAGGAGAAGCAUUUGCACAGGCAUGCGCAGAAGCUUUGCCUAGGUUAAUGGAUGUUAUAAAUGAUCCAGAAUCUAGAUCACCUGAAAAUGUCAAUCCCACUGAAAAUGCUAUAUCUGCUGUUACGAAAAUUCUUAAAUACAAUAAUAAAGCAAUCAAUGUUGAUGAAAUACUUCCACAUUGGCUCUCUUGGCUACCAGUAGUAGAAGAUGAAGAUGAAGCACCUUAUGUUUAUGGAUAUUUAUGUGAUUUAAUUGAAGCAAAUCAUGUAGCAGUUUUAGGACCAAAUAAUGCAAACUUACCUCGGUUAAUAAAACAACGAAUCUAUGUUCCAAGCAUGCAUAAAUGCAUUAACAGCAGAUCAACAACAAGCAUUGCAUGAGGCACUUCGUGCACAGCCUACUAAUUAGCCAUUUGCUUUUAUCCUCGAAUUUUAACAUUUGGAUAUAAAAACAAAAACACACACACAGACAUUUGCUUUGUGGAGAAAUCACAGAUUUUAGGUAGCUACAUUAUACCUAUAAAAAUUGCGCCAGCCUAAUUAUGAGGAGAGAUAAUUAUAUGUAACUAUUUGAUAUAAUUCGUAUAUUUGUUGGUUGUAUUUCACUAGUAAAUACAAUAGUCGUCCCAUUUUUUACUAUUUGGAAUUGUUGCAAGUUAUAUACGGCAAAAUUUAUGCUUGUCAUUACUUGAUAAAGUGUGAAUUGUUACAUAUAAAUCUAGCAACAUAAAAUUCAAAAUCAGAAGUGAGUUCGUAAUGACAAAAUUUAAAAAAUUCAUUGUUUUUAUCUACUUCGUAGAAAUAAUACAUAAUCAAAUAAUAAAUUUAUUCUUAAUGUAGUAAAAAGAUUAAAGACUAUAUUUCCCGCCAUUGCGAGCCGAACGAUGCUAUGUAUUUUUUUUCAUUAUUCUUUCUUUCUUUCUUAAUGCUUUGUAAAUUGCAUAGUAUUUGUAAACAGUAAUUGCAAUUUUAUUCUUUAAAUAUUAAAAAUAUACUUUUGUCAUUGCGAUCUUUUCGUUCUAAUUAUCUGCGUUUUAAAACUCGUACUUUUUUUGGCAAAGUAAUGAAACUGCGAAAAAUAGACUGGAAAAACACCAACUCACUACCAUCGAGUGAUGGUAUAAUAUAUUGUGAUUUAGAUAUUUUUAUUAUUAAAUUUAGGUACAGUAAAUGUUAUUUAAUAAUAAUAUCGAUAAUAUUACAGCGUUGAAGUUAGAUGGAACUGUAUACGAAUGCCUUUUAAAUGAAACGUAAUGAACUGCUCUAAAAUUUUUUGUUGUAAUACAUUAAAUUAUUUACUAAAUUCUUAUUCAAUUGACAAUAUUAUAGUAAAAAGUAUAUAUUCUCAGUUUCAUGUAAAGUAUGCGUAAUCUUGUAACUUUACAGCUAGAUUUUACAUUGAUUUGUUUAUUUCACAGUUUAUUAUCACAUCAUUUAGGAAUAAAAUAAUGACACAGAAAUUAAGUCAUGUUACUAAAAUAAGUUGAUGAAUGGAUGCUGGGCAUUACGUUUCUUCCGGUUAUUGUAUAAUGACAUGAUAUGUAUUAAGAACAGUGAUGUAAAAAAAUGACUGAGUGAAGUAACAUUACAAUUUCCUGUUCUUGUUGCUAUUUAUUUAUAUACAAUAAUUGUCACGAUAUUUACUAUUGCAUGCAAAUUUGCAAUGGAAAAUAUAUCCCAAGUAAAGUCUAAUUGCAACAGAAUUCCUCCAAAAUUUUUUUUAUUAUGACAUAUAGGGGAAUAGAACUAAUGGUCGGACAUUUAUUUGUAUAUAUAUCAAAGUAUAUAAAUAUUAAAACUAAGUACGUAAAAUUGAAUUACAUAAAUAUAAUUAUUGAUGAUUGAUAGGCACUGCCUUAUUAAUUAUUUCGUGAAGACCAACAUGAAGAUUUUAUGAAAUAGAUACAAGCAAUGUGUGGUUGUAAACAUUUCAUUAAGAAUUACCGAAGAAUUGUUCGUGCAACAUGUUGUGACAAAAAAAAAAAUGUGAAAACAAAGUCGAUAUGAAAGAAAUCAAUAUAAAAUUAUAAUUCUUAUAAUUAUAUAGAGAUUAUUUUAAAGUUAUUAUUAAUUAAAAUAAAUCUCAGCUUUUUAAUUGAUUGUUUUGCUUUACCUUUGAAAUCAUGUAUCGUGUAAGUGAUAAAAAUGAAAUUUUUACAAUAUGAAAAAUAAUAUUGAAAAUAAAUCUUAGACCACAAUCUUAGACCACGUUAUAUUUUGUUUUUAUUAAUAGAAAAAAAAACAAAUCAAUAUUAUCCAAAUUUUAUACAUA